AUGAUGGUGCAUCUCCAGAUAAGGCUGAGGUUGUGCACCGCCAAAUCGUGGCUCUACGAAGUCCCAAGCGAAAGUGAGUAUGCUAUCGAACUAUGCCAGAAAGUCGUCGAGCUCAUAGAUGAAAGCGACGAUGAAACGCAGCAGGCUUCCUGGUGGCACCGAGAUAAGGUCGCUGCUAUUCUCGGCAUGCAUUACUUAAAGGCUGCGAUUGCCGCAAAAGCCGACGGCAAAGAUCCGGUGUUAACAGUCACUCGACUAAACAGUUUGGCGUAUUACCAGCAAGGAGGCAAAAGAUACGUGCGAGCAUUAUAUAAUUAUACGCAAAACAACUAUCGCAUAUUAAGAUUGGGUCGUACCCUGCUCUGCGCCAAUGACAUUCCCAACUCGCGUGUUGCAUUGGGCAUCACCCUGAGACCACUAGAGCUUAUGAAUACGGACCGGGAUACUGAUAGUGCCCAGGGGAUAGUGGAAGGGAUGGAAGCCGCUACCGAAGCUUGGGAUGUCCAGGCUCAUGAUCAGGAAAACGACGCAGCACAGGGAGAGGAGAAAUACGUCGAAUCUGAGUUCCACGUUGGAGGGCAGAAGGACGGAGACGACGUAGAGAACGAGCGCGAUGAAGACGGAGAUGAAUAG